AAAUGGAUUCGUUAAGUAAAUGCUUGAAAGAAGAUUUUCUCACUUGUGCAAUAUGCUACGAACUGUUUACGGAACCAAAAACUUUGUCAUGUUUACACAAUUUCUGUGAAUCCUGUUUGGAAACUUUUGUACAGAAAUCUUCAGAGAAAAACCAUUUAAGCUGUCCAAUAUGCCGGGAAUUUACGCCUCUACCAUCACAAACUGUCUCCAGUUUGAAAACAAACUUCAUAUUCAAGGAAAUGGUCGCUAAGAUACCCCGAUCCAGAGGAUCGAUUUCUUCCAGAAAAUGUUCAUUUUGUAUUCUGCACUCGAAAGAAGUAGAGGCAACUCACAAAUGUGUGACAUGUAUGGAUUUGCUUUGCAGUUUUUGCACAAGACACAGGCAUGUAUUUACUAGGCAGAACGCAUAUCAUAAGGUAGUCCUCUUGAAAGAUUACUUGGCCGGAAUGUAUAAAGAAGAAACCAAGUACGAGAUUCCUUGCGAGAAACACCAAGAAAGAUUACGUUUCCUUUGUCAGCAUUGCUCAGUUCCAAUAUGUAGAGAAUGUGCUGUUGUAGAGCACAGGUCCCAUAAAUAUGUAACGUUUGUAGAGGCAAGAGAAUUCGUAAAAAAGGAAGUUGAAAAGAACUUGCAGAUUUGUAAAACAAAGAAAGAGAAACUGCAAACUAUACAAUCAUCACUGAUUUCUAAAUCAGAGGAAGUAUCGGCUAAAGAAUCUUCGCUGUUGGACAUGGUCGAUUUCACUUGUAAAGAAAUUGAAUCUAAGUUGAACCUUCAUCGCCAAAGAAUUGAACAGGAAAUUAAGAGAAAGUCAAGCGAAGAAAAGAAAAAUGUUGAUUUUCAUAUUCAAGAGAAUUUGAACUUUCAAGACCGAAUAAAAGAAUCCAUCUCAUUUUGCGAAAACAUGUUAUCUAAAGGGAGUGAUUUAGAAGUUGUUUUCUUUUUGGAGGAAAUGAAAUCAUGUUUACUAAAAUGUCCAGAUCCAAAAGAAAAUCAAUUGCAAAUUGCUCUUCCAACUCUGAAAGUCAAUAUGAUGCAAGAAUUCAAUGUUUUUCACUUAAAAGAUGCUGUUUUUGAUGAAGAUUCCCCAGCUUCCUCAGCGGAAGAUACGGAAAAUUCAACCGAAUUAAGCAACAAAGUCAAUGAAUCAGAUGAAGAGUAUGUAGAAAAAACCUGUAAUAAACCCGAAUUAAGUCAAGAGAACGGAGACAAAAAUUCAGAAGAAACAAGGACAGAAAAGUCAAAGGACACAACGUCAGAUGGAGCAUGUUCAAAGAGCGCAAGAAAUACAACACAAAAAAUUAACACGGAAUCAAGCAACAAUUCAGUAAAUACUAAAUUGGAAAAGGCGUGUUCUGAAAAAACAGGUAAUAAGGUUCAGAAGGUGAAGGCAUCUGGUCAGUCAAUGAAUUAUCAAGUUCCUAAGUGUUUGAAAACUUACGAGCAUUUAGACAGGCAUGGUGAUAAAAAUCCAAGUUACACUUGCAUUACAUGGAUUGACAGAGCAACUUUUGCUCUUGUAGACGAAUUAAACCAAAUAGUUCUCAUUGUUUCAUCCAAAAGAGAUACCCAAAACAUUCAAAAACAUUUGGUUAAAGGUAUAAAAGCCAUAACAAAAUUUGGUAAUUUUCUUGCUUGUAAAACUCAAUCUGGUGAGGUAAAAAUUUACUCCUUUCCGGAUCUGAAGUUAGAGAGAGUUUUUAACGGGGCCUUUGCUGUAUCGUCACGCUCUUCUGAGUUGGUAUGGAUCACAAAAGUAAAGAUUGUUGUAUUCAAGAACACAAGUCUUCAGGAGAUGUAUUUUUCAGACGAAAACGGGAGGCAAUUUAAAUUAGAAAUGCCUCUUUAUGCGUGCUGUCUUUGCAAUAAGUCUUUUGCUAUCUCAGAUAAGGAUUCUAAAUGUCUAUAUUUUUUCGACAAAAGGGCUCAAAAACAACAUGUUAUUACUGGAAGAUAUGGUGCCCUUUCUUGUGACAAGGAAAAUCGUGUUUACCUGACUAAUUAUGAGACUGACUGCAUCUUCAUCUUCGAUUCAAUUGGAGAGUGGCUGAAGACAAUUUCUUUAAACUGCAUAAUACAGAAACCAAGGAGUAUAUCAGUGCUGGGUGAGGAAGAAAUUCUGGUUUCCAACAAGGAGAAUGUAGUUCUUAUUUCACUUAAAAGAUGAAUUUACAAAGACAACGGAAAUAUUUAUAGAAGUGAUUCUAAGUGAUUCUUGUUUUAAUACGUUAUGUCAAUUGCUAACCAAUAUAUCGGUUGAAAAGGAGGACUGCGCUAAAUUUGCGCUUAUUUAGGUACGUUUACAGUAUGAAGAACUCUCAAUGUUGAAAAGUAAGUUUUAUCUAAUGACGUUAACUCGGGGAUAAUUUAGGCUCUCCUGACUGAGGUCGUUGGUGUAUUUGGUCAGUUUCUGAAAUGUAAAUAAAAUUACUGUCUUAA